UCUAGAUUUGCUUAUUAUUCGGAGCUAGGGCUUUUAUACCAUCAUCUAGAUUUGCUUUUAUCUGUGUUGAUGGCGAAUCAUUCAUGGUCAAACGGUGAUAACAUGAAUCACCAAAACGCAUACUUAGGAAACUCCACGACGUCGCCGGAAAGCUCAGAGAUAAAACACCUCCCAGGUAUCGCCAUGAAUUGGAGCUCCGAAGAACAAGCGAUUCUCGAAGCUGCUCUUGUUAGGUAUUCGCGGGAACCGAGUCCGAGCAUCUUACGAUACGCAAAAAUCGCGUCAGAGCUUCAGCACAAGACCGUUAGAGACGUUGCUAUGCGUUGCAGAUGGAUAAAUAAAAAGAGAAGACAAGAAGAUCACAAUGGAAGAGCCGGUACUGUUGACAAUGAGGAGACUAUAGAUAUGGUGGUGGCUUCAAACUCGGCUCCACGUCUUCUUAGAGAAGAAGAUAGGGUCAUCCAUGAGCUUCUUAAACAGAAUGAGCAACUCCUCAAUCAGAUUUAUUCAAAUCUCACAUCAUCAAGGUUGAGAGAGAACUUAACACUCUUCUACAAUACCCGCCAAAACAUCAACAAUCUUCUCAAAAACUUGAGGGAGAAGUCGCCAGAGCCGAUGAAGCGUAUGCCAUGGCCGGAGAAACUGAGUGAUGAUCAUGAUGAGCUACUUGAUUCGAUCCUAAUUCAUCUCUCUACUUCAACAACUUCACCAAAGCAAAAACAAUCGCCGGAGGAGGAAUCGAGCUCUGCUCAUGAUCAGCUACUUGAGUCAAUCUUUCUUCCCUCAACUACACCAAAGCAACCAUGAACGAGACUCUUUGUUUUUUUCUUCUUCCAGAUAUUAAGGUUUUUUUUUUGUUUCUAUCAGUAGAAACCCUACCGUAGAAUACAAGUUAAGGUUUUUUUUUUCUUUUUUUUUGGUAUGACACAAGU